CUGCAAACCAGGCAAGGUCUUUAAGAAGUUCAAGCUGGCAGAGUGGGAAGCGAGCUACAAACCGGAUUACUGCAGGUGCGGGGACGGCAGGCAUGAGGAAUUUUUCAGUCCAGCCUCCAUCAAGCUGCUGCCGGACGAUGGAUACUUACAUGUCAUCACGUCGAGACACAGGGAUCACCAAUAAUGGACGCCUGCAGCUGAUGCUCAAUGCAGGCCUCAAUCACAUUCCUAUGAGGGCUCUGGAUGAGGACUAUGCGGUGGGAGAACUGGAUGAAGCACUGGACAUCCUGUUGACGACAAGGAGAUGCCACGCCGAGCUAUCCAUGGAGGAGGAACGACAGGUGAAGAAUGUGGCAAUGGAAGAGAUUAGACGCCGUAUCAAGAACUAUCACUUGCGGCACAUGCACAUCGCGGAAGAACCCAUCAACAACGUUGCUGUCAGGAAAGAGAUCGAGUGGCUGACUGGGAGGUACCUGGUGUGCCCAACAGACAAAGCCCCCCCUACGCCGACUUUCGUCUGCAUCAAUUUCAUUCGGAGGUUAGCCCUAGAGCGCCUGUCCGGCCCCGACUUUGUCCCGCUUCAACGACCGCCCGACGAGGAACUACGCGAGAAGAAGGAGAGAAAGCUACGCGCUAAACUACAAAAGGAAGCUGAACGUGAUGCAGAGAUGGAAAAGAAGAUGGAAAUGCGAUUGGCGGCUCGAACGGACGACUUCUUUAACAAGAUGGAGGAGAGUUUGGGUCCAGUACUUGAGUUCGCCAAGAAGGCUAAAGGUAAGAAGAAGAUCAGGGUUCUAUCUAACGAUGAAACAUCGGCGCAAAGCAGUGGGAGCGAGACUGAGCAGCUGCACAAGAAAGCAGGGAAAUUAACAAUUAGUGAGAAGCGGAAGCGGGGCCCCGAACCUGUCUUUGAAGACAGCCCACAGAUGAUUACUCCAUCGAAGCGGACGCCGCGUACAAAGGCGAAGGAAGGUGUGGCAGUGGGACGGAUCACAUGCUCGCGCAGCAAGAUCAAGACUAAGUUAUCGCCAUUGAUUGCGAGGCAGAAAAGUCCGGGGGGAUCAGAGGUACUGGCCAAGCUACAGUUUCGUAACCAAGCUAUUGAUGAAAUCAGAGGGUUGGAUGCGCAGGAGCUCCAACUUAUUUGUAAGAAUGAAGGUGUGAACUACAACGGCAAGAUCGAGGCAAUCUUUGAUAUUGCCAGUCACUAUACGAGAGUUGCAUUCGGUGAAAUUGAGGGUACUACGAUGUCCGAGUCUGGAGAACGUGAGGAGGAAGACUCGACAACGGUUGAUGCCGAGGAACCUGAUUGCGAUGUUUGAGAUCGGUACGGAACUGAUGAGAUAUGGGGUAUGGUCCUUUGCGUAUUUGGAAAUCCGGAGGAGGUUUCUUGAAGCGAAUUUUGACUUCGCUAUUGAAGAACCCGUUGGUGUUGUCUGACCUUAAGUCUUGGAGUCUGAAGUCUCUGAUACGACUGUAUAACGUAG